CUCAUCAAUGUGGCUGGUCGCGAGCUCACAUGAUGUCAUGCCUGAAUGUAGAUAUUAACCGAGAGCUAAACGGCUAACUGAUAGACUGAAUAAGUAUGGAAAAUGUGAAAACUAGACGUUCAGUUGAAACCGACAAGAACAGCAGCAGCUCCCGCUGUACUUUCUUCAGUGCAGACUCAAGUGACUAUCGAUGUGAUGUGAUUCUUACAGUGAAGAGAGCCACCGGGGCGUUUUCUCUGGUCGCAUGCCUUUUUAUGUUGUUUGUGAUAUGGCUGCUGCGCCGAUACAACUCCUUGGCUCAGAAAAUGAUUGUCAGCCUCACAGUAGCGGCGUUCUUUGACAGUGUUGCGUAUGUCAUGGGAGAGUCUCAUCCAGAGGGGGCUCUGUGUGAUUUCCAAGCCUGGUGGUUAACAUAUUUUGACUGGAGUGCUCUGGCAUGGGUGUGUCUGAUCACUCUGAAUCUUUACCUGAAUCUGGUCAGAGAGAUCAGAACUGAACAUUAUGAGAUACCAUACCAUGUUGUAGCAUGGGGGAUCCCUCUUCUUAUGUCCAUUCUCCCCUUGAUGAAAGGAUACUAUGGUCCAGCUGGAGCCUGGUGCUGGAUCAUGGAUGACCAUGUGGCCUGGAGAUUUGGCAUAUGGUACAUCCCGCUCUUCAUCCUCAUCUUCCUCAUGAUCUGCUGUUAUAUACGAAUAAUCUGUGUGGCCAAUAAGAGGAUGCAGUCCUGGUUUGGCACCUUUAACCCAGAGAGGGAGAGGAGGAAGAUGUCUCUAGUCGAGGAAAUCCGACCUCUGAAAUGGUAUCCAUCAGUAUAUCUGCUGGUCUCCAUCUUCCCACUUUUAAAUCGGCUUCAUAAUGCUGUGUAUCCUGAGGAGCCGGUGUUCUCCCUCAUACUCCUACAUGUGCUCAGUGCUCCUCUCCAUGGCCUGGCAAAUGCAUUUGUUUUUAGCAAGGACACGUGGAGUCAGCUCAGCAAUACGGGAAUCAAACUGGCCCUUCAGUCUCGACUGUGUGACAACACCAGGAUCGGCGAGUAUCACCCAGCCAAUGUGAGAUACACAGUAGCACUCGAGUCCGAAUCGGAUGAUGACGAUAACAACGUCCUCUUCUACAGCCCUGACAUGAGCUUGAAAGACAGAGGACCCUGAUUGUGCGUGUGCCUGUUAUUAUAGCACAUUAGUUCACACUCCUUGCCUUUAAAGGAUGUACUGCUCUUCCAUUUCUCCUAUUACAGUGUUAAAUAAAAAUGAUCUAGAAAUAAAUGUGUUUUUGCAAUCAGAAAUGACCCCUUUUCACCAUUAGAAAAAUAUCGAAAUGGUUGAUUUCACUAUAUUAUUGUCCGUCUUGUAAAUGCAUUUCAAGGUGAGCACUUUAACUUAAUAUCCUCAGUAUUGAUAGCUUUAUUUGUUUGAGAGGUUUUUUUUUUUUUUUCCCCCAGUUUUAAAAUAUUUUCUGCUGUACAGUUUGUGUACUUGGACUUCUAUGUUUUGGUGUUUGAUUUGACCAUGUUUUAUUAUUAUUUAUGAAAAUGUACAGAGUGU